AUUCAUCAGUAUCCACACAAGCUCGCAGAAGCAGCACAUAUAGAAACACAAAGCAAGCAAACCGAGAUGGCUUUCUCAAGGACGAUGCUGGCGGUGGCGGUUCUGGCCGCCCUGGUCGUCGGCGCGAUGUCCACAAAGGUGGACUUGACGGUAGAGAAAGGUUCUGACGCGAAGACGCUGGUGCUGAACAUCAAGUACACGAGGCCAGGAGACACCCUGGCGGAGGUGGAGCUCCGGCAGCACGGCUCGGAGGAGUGGGAGCCCAUGACGAAGAAGGGCAACCUGUGGGAGGUGAAGAGCGCCAAGCCGCUCACCGGCCCAAUGAACUUCCGCUUCCUGUCCAAGGGCGGCAUGAAGAACGUCUUCGACGAGGUCAUCCCCACCGCCUUCAAGGUCGGCAAAACCUACACCCCGGAGUAUAACUGAAGAUCCAGUGAUCCAUUCGACAUCCAUCCAUCCAAGCUUCCCUCAUGUUUUCUUUUCAAGAUUGUUUCGUAACAUAGCAUGCAUGCGUUACACGGGAUGAUGCGCAUGCAUGUAUAGUACUAUGAAUAAGUGUGUAUUCGCCUGACUGUCUUUGAGGUGUGGUAGGAGAGGCAAAGUGAAGAAUGUGUUUGUCUUCCCA